AUGUUCGUCAAGUUAAUCGAGCUUGCCCAGCAUCAACAUUGCCGUCACGACGAGGUUGGUGAGAAGAGCAAAGAAGCAGAAGGUGAUGUGCGCCAGACGGCCGAAUCGAGCCAGAAUCGGCUGCAGGAAGGUUUUGGCCCCGGGGGCGCGGAUCUUCAUCUGCGUGGAGACGAUGGCAAAGAGAAGCAGCUGAAUCGCCGCCCCCGAAGCAUACCAGAGAGGACCGCUGAUGCCGUACUGAAAGCAAGAGUGGGUGGAACGAAGACGAAAAACGCUGGAGCAAUUAAUGCUGAGAAGGAGGACUAA